CGAUCUGGUGCAGCAGACCACUAUGAUGUUCUUGUCGAUGCCCGUAUCAUUUUGUCUAGCAUUUUUCUACUAGGACCAGAGUCCAAUUAAUUAGGAAUUGGGUGACGGCGAGACGACCAUCGCAAUGGCUCCACAACCCUCCCCUCCUCCUCCUCCGACACCUGAUGCAAAAUUCGUACCAAAGAAGCAAGUUAGCCUGGUAGAGAUCAGACGAAGUGCAUCGGUACUUUCUCAAUUUCCAAUUCAAGACGGGACAGAGGCAAAUGUUCUCGUUAUUUAUGUUGGUGGUACAAUUGGAAUGAAGAAAGUUGAUGGAGUUUACAUACCUGUCCGGGAUUAUAUGGGAGAGGUGAUUCGAACCCUGCCAAUGCUGUAUGAUGCUGAAUAUGCCAAAGAAAUAGGCCUCGAUAAAGAAGAGUUGAAUUCAUUUGUUCUUCCAAUCUCCAAGGGCCGAAGAGUGUUCUUCUACCUAAAGGAAUAUGAAACCCUUAAAGACUCGAGCAAUGUGAAUGUCAAUGAUUGGUUGGAAAUGGUUGAGAACAUCAGAGAGAACUAUCGUCUCUACGAUGGCUUCGUCAUCAUCCACGGUACAGACACCAUGGCAUACACUGCAUCAGCACUCUCCUUCGCGCUGGAGAAUCUUGGAAAGCCUGUCAUCCUGACAGGAUCGCAAGUACCACUCUCUGAACUGCGCAGUGAUGGAAGGGACAACUUUCUUGGUGCUGUCUAUAUCGCUGGACAUUAUGUCAUACCAGAGGUAACUCUGUACUUCAAUAACAAGCUGUAUCGUGGUAACAGAUGUGUGAAGAUAUCCAGUGAAAGCUUCAGAGCUUUUGAUUCUCCAAAUUUAGCUCCACUUCUUACAAUGGCAGUUGAUAUCACAGUAAAUUGGUCGAGUAUAUUCAGAAUGAACACUUUGGCAGCCUUUCGAGUGAACACCAACAUGACCAGGAAUGUAGGACUUCUUAGGUUAUUCCCAAGUAUCACAGCUGAAACGGUAAGAGCUUUCCUGCAACCUCCAAUGGAAGGUAUUGUUCUACAGACGUAUGGUGCAGGGAACUGUCCAGAUGAUAGAAGAGAUAUAAUAGCUGAGAUCCAAACUGCUGCAGAUAGAGGCAUGAUCAUCCUUAAUUGCACCCAGUGUUCUAGUGGAGGUGUAUCAGCAUCAUAUCAAACAGGAAAGGUGCUGUUAGAUGCAGGAGUGAUACCAGGAUCUGAUAUAACCCCUGAAGCAGCCCUCAGUAAACUCAGCUACAUCCUAGGACAGCCUAACUUCUCACUUGAAGAGAAGAGAAGACAACUCAAACGGAAUCUUCGAGGGGAGAUAUCGGUUUCUACGGCUACAGGCAGAACAUUCACAUUUGAGGACAGCGAAUUCAUCAGAGCUGUGGUAGACACAUUGAGGAUUGGAAGUAGCAAAGAAGUGCAAGCUGUGAGUGAGACUCUUUUCCCACCCCUAUUGUGUGCUGCAGCUAGAAAUGGAGACUUAAACGCAAUCAAGUACAUGCAGGAAACCGGUGCUAACUUAACAGGACAUGACUAUGAUGGUCGCACAGCUCUUCAUCUUGCAGCCAGUGAAGGUCAUACAGAGGUUGUUCGGUUCCUCCUAGAGAAUGGCUGUUCUAUCUAUGCCAGAGAUAGGUUUGGUAAUACUCCUUUCAUGGACAGCAUUAGAAAUAGAAAACUUGACACCAUAGAGAUAAUCAAGCAGUGUGGUGGUCACCUGAUCAAUGAGAGUCCCUUUGAACUGGCUGUCCUUCUAUGCAGCGCUGCAGCAACAAAUGAUGUAACAGGAUUACAAGCAUACCAUAUGGCAGGAGUGGAUAUGAUGUGCACAGAUUAUAGUGGCAAUACAGCACUUCAUGUGGCUGCAAUCAACAACCAACUUGAAGCAAUACAGUACUUACUAGAAUCUCAUGUGAUCCCAGCCAACAAACCCAAUGGAGAAGGCUUCACUGCAGCUGAGUUAGCUGCCCAACACGGUCAUCAGAAGACUGCUUCACUUAUUAAAGAACUCACAGAUAAAUUAAAGGAGAAGAUACCUAGCGGUAGUUUCAAGCUCAAUGGGGGACCUAAUCGAUCAACGUAGUCUUACUUUUAAAAGGAGAUCAUAGAAAGCUGAAUUCAAUAUAAACUGGACAGUAUUUCAAGGGGGUGGAGGUGGGGGUUCAAAGUGAUCUUCAUGAUCUUGGCCUGUUAAGAUUAGGAUGGUUUCAUUUUCAAUUAAUGUUCAUUUUCAAGUGGUUUAAUCCCAGCUUUGAUAGUUAUUUGAGACAGGUUGUUCAUGUUCGAUUUGUGCUUGUAUACGUGUGAUAAUCCAUCAUUCCUCUCGGUGAGUCAUACAUGGUAAUAUUGUAUAUGUAAGCCGAGAUAUAUGGAAUUCAUGUUUUUGUUGGUAAGCAUAUUGUUAAAUGUCUCUUUCAAUUCAGUGUGUGAACGGAUGUAGAGGAACCCUGAACUUCCAUGUACCUCACCACCUAGUCGUACAAAACAGUCAAAGUUACAGAAGUAUAUGUAUUGGUCUCUCAGGGUAUCAGAGAAUACACAAAGAAACAUAUUUGCAUGUACCGGUAUUAUACAUACAUUCUAAGUCUGCACAAAGUAGAUAGACGUUUAAACAAAAUAUAUGUACAAGACUCGCUAUUCUGGCUUUUGACUAUUCUACCAUUACAAGUAAUAUAUAUAUAUACAGUUUUAUUUCUCGUAACUUAUAUACAAUGGCGUUCUACACUCUUUUCUUUUGGUGUCUGGUAAAACUGCAUCAUAGUAGUUCUGGCAAAUUCUGCUAUUUCUUUAAUGUGGCAUAUUUGGGACAGUUGUAACGAUUUUAAUCUACUUUCUUACGUUUUUGUUGAUAAAUACAUGUACCAGUACCUUUCCCUCUGAAUACAAGACUAAUAUACUGAUGCUGCAAAUGUUGACCAGUAUUGGUAUUUGUGUUGAUAUAUUCAUCAUUAUUUAACUUACUCUAUAUUAUUAUGCCUGAAUUGCAGCAUAUUUUAAUGUUGAUUUUAAACAUUUCAGCUGUGUACACAAAGGUAGUAUUUCCUUACAGGGUUUUUAAAAAGUGAACAAAAAUGUAACGUCUGUUACGCUACAUUUUUAAUUGUAACAAGGAAAUAUAUGAUCCAAUUGUUUUGCAAUGUGUAUCUGUGUAUGACUACAAGCUUCUGUUAAUACCUAAACUAGAUUCAUUGGAACACCCCCCCCCCCCCAUCACAGACUUUUCAAACUGUUUACAGUGAGUAAACAGAAUUCUUGUCCAUUUUGUGUCAUGUCCUUUACUGUUACAAAAAGUUGAUAUUUCCUUCAACUAUUCAGUGGAAUACUGUGAAAUAUAGUAUAAAACUGUCUUAAAUAACCAAAAAGUGUUCUGAAUAUCAUGACCAUUAUACUUUAAUUGCUGUUAUGAUACAGUCACCGUUUGAUAUUGAUUGACAUUAAUGUACCACAUGUAGUCCAUGGUCUUUGUCAUUUUAAAUUUGAUCUAUUUGACUAAAUAAUGAAACCAGAAUUGUACAAAUUUGAUGACAAUACUCUUCAGUAUUUUGGAUUGGAGUCCAACUAUAAGAUUUGAAAGUUUGUGUUUAAAUUGCAACAUUCAAUCGUUACCAUUGACACGUUUUGUUGAUGAUGAUGACAUAUUUACAUGUGUGGUGAAACAGACCCCUUUUGUAGGAAUGUUAUGUGCGCUGGAUGUCAUGUGAUGUGUUUAAGUUUUCAAUGUAUUCACAAUGUACCGUAGUAGCCAUAAUGCUUGAGUCUAAACCUUAUCAAUAUUUAAAAAUAUGGUGCAACAAUGGUAAUGAAUCUAAUAAUACAAUAUUAAUUCCCUGUUUUGUACAUGUUUUUGAUAAGAGAAUUGGAUUUUGAUUAUUCAAGUAUAUUUUUAAAAGUUGAAAUUUGUGCAUGGAAGUGCCUUUGUGAAUAAUAUUAAAGUAUUGAUGUUUAAUAAUUGAGAUUUUGGUAUCGCAAUAAUGCUAUAUGUACAGUAUUCAUGUAAACUGACAAUGUGAUUAAUAUUUGUAUGCAUGGUUGAAUGGCUGCUAUCUCAUAGGGUGUGAGCAUUUUAUUUAUUAUAUAUAUCCCCUUUUUAAUCAUGGUUUCAGAUUAACCCAUUGUCAAUAAGGUAUCACAUAUUGUGGCAUGACAUGGGUAUAUUGAUGCAUCAUAUUAGUAAACUCAAGCAAAAAUCCCAGUGUCAAUUUCUACUUCAUGCGAUGUGAUAAUCUCGCUGCUUAAAUUAUAAACAUUUUCUUAACAUUCUUAACAUAAUAUUUAUAGCUUGCACUCAUUGUUAAGGUGUUUUUGCUAAUUUGUGCAUAUAUAUAUAUUCUGAUAUGUAUUCUGGUAAUAAUUACAACUACUUUGUGAGAAAUCAAAUGUACUGCUCUCUCACAUUCAUUCAACAAAGAUGAAGAAUGGAUUACAGAAAUAUUUGUGUAACUUGUGUUUUAAGGCUUUUUAAGGCUUUUCAAGGCCUGAAGUGCUUCUUAGGUAUCUUUUAAACAGAAGACAUUUACAUUGUAAAUAUUUCAAAUUUAAGUUUUAAAUUUGUAUGUACAUGUAUAUGAAUCGAUUUAGCAAAAUUAAAUAAAAUCUAAUUUAAAGAAAAUGUAUGUUUAUCAAAUUUAAACCCCCAAAACAACUUGCACGCACACAAUCUAGGAUUGAUUUUUGAUCAAGCUUUAACAAAAUCAUUGAAUCAAAGUAUUUAUUGUGUCAAAGUACAUGUGUAAGUAUAAAUUUUAUAUCCCAUAAUGCUGAAUGAGGAA